UUAAUUAAUUAUUUUUUUAAGAACAAAACAAAGUAAAAAUGCAAACGCUUCACUCCCCUGCCUUUGAUAGAUAGAUAGAUUGAUUGAUUUUGAAUUCAGAAGAAACUCUUUCUAAAAUAAAUCCAAACCUUAUUAGAGUAGAGUAGAAUCUAGAUACAUACUACUCCAUCCAUAAACCGGUGUCGUUUUCGAUUACAAGUGAUGGGAGAUGAGAAAUCGGCGAUCGUGAUGGCGAGUAGAGAUCGAGAGCUUCUCAUACCGGUCGCUGACUCCCCCGAUGUUGAAGUCGCUUCCAAACCCUCUUCUUCUUCUUCCUCAUCAUCGCAUCACUCAGGACGCGAGACGUUUUACAAAGUUGUUAGGAGCUGGGCUUCAAAAAAAUUCAUGACAGGAUGUGUCAUACUGUUUCCUAUUGCAAUCACUUUCUACAUAACAUGGUGGUUUGUUCACUUUGUUGAUGGAUUCUUCUCUCCAAUCUAUGCCCAUCUUGGAAUUGAUAUCUUUGGUCUUGGAUUUAUAACCUCCAUAACAUUCAUUUUCUUGGUUGGGGUAUUCAUGUCAUCUUGGUUGGGAGCUUCUGUCCUGAGCCUUGGGGAGUGGUUUAUCAAACGGAUGCCAUUUGUUCGUCAUAUUUAUAAUGCCUCCAAGCAAAUUAGUGCUGCCAUAUCACCAGACCAAAAUACUCAAGCUUUCAAGGAAGUGGCCAUUAUAAGGCAUCCACGUAUUGGUGAAUAUGCUUUUGGGUUCAUUACAUCAUCUGUCAUCCUCCAGAACUACUCUGGAGAAGAGGAGUUAUGCUGUGUCUAUGUUCCCACGAAUCAUCUGUACAUUGGAGAUAUAUUCCUAGUCAAUACCAAGGAUGUUAUCAGACCCAAUCUUUCAGUCCGAGAAGGAAUUGAAAUUGUGGUGUCUGGGGGGGUGUCAAUGCCCCAGAUCCUGUCAACACUUGAUUCACGUGUUUCAGUGGAUAGAAGUAGAUCUGAAAGAAGCUGAGAUUGAAGAAAAUAGUUGUAGAUGAUCAUUUUUUACUUAUAUUGGUUUCAUAUCGAGUCAUCAGAAUGACCACUCAAUCAGAUUUGUGCUGAUAGCACUGGAUUCGAGGUUAGAUCUAAAAAACUAUGGCUGUAUCAGAUUCUGGUGGCUUGUGUAACAUUUGUUAUUAAGAAUGUAGAUUCAGUAUUUGCUUGGAAUA